AUGGAUAACCAGACCUCAGACAUCAGUAAUCUAAGCCCCUGUAAACGUAAAGCCCUGAAAGAAUUAAAACAACAAAUGGAUAUAAUAAUAAAACCAGCUGACAAAGGGGGCAACAUUGUCCUUGUGAAUCGACCUGAAUACGUCAACAUGUGCAUGUCACAUCUUGACGACAAAACGCAUUAUAGGACCCUCCCUUCGGACCCUACUACCAACUUUGUAGGAAAACUAGUUACUCUACUCAAUGAUGCCUGA